CGUUGACAUCAAGAGCGCCAUUUAGAUUUCACAGCUACCCAUUUGUAGCUUUAAGUUUGUUGUUUUUCUUUGACAGCACUGAGGGAAAUAAUUAAGCUCAAUAAUAAAUAUUUGAAGACGGGUAGAAGCUUUUUAAUAAGCUAAAAUUCUAGAAUUAAAAAUGUAAUUAAUGUAGAAGUUUAGACUGUCAAAACAUUUCCAAAAAACUGUCAGUUCUCUUCUAAAUUGUAAAUAUUGAAAAGGAAACAGAAAGCUAAAAUUCACAGUAAAAAUAAUGGACGAUGCCCUUUCACUUCUUGAAAGCCUGGACGAGUGGAGCAAGGCGACUGAAGUCAAACCCGGUGAAACUGGACGGAUUAUCGCCACUAUUUUAGUCAUAAUUGUCAUAAGCUAUGUCCUUCUCUUUAUGGCUCGCAUUGUAAAGGCUCUCACCCUGCCCGCCCUGGUCAUCAUGGGUCUCCUCGUGAUCUAUCGCUGUGUCAGCAUCACCGAAGUUGUUGAAGCCCUCAUGCAGUUGCCCGAUGUACUGUGUUCUUUAAAGAAUUUCAUAGCAGGCUUCAUACGAAAGGCAAAUUUUAUAAAGAAUGCUUACGCAUGGUGGUGUUAUUUUAAUAAGAUAUUGGAUGAACUUCUAUAUGAGUGUUAAUAAAUUUUAUGGAAUUUA